ACUGCUGUAGUCUGUGUUGGUUAAUGUACCAUAAGAUCAUGUUGUGGUAGAACUCAAUGAACAAUGACAACACACAGAACCUUUACUCGUAAUAAACUUUACACGGAUCGUCCCGUGAAAUAAAUCUUUAGCUCUACCAGAAGACUAACAGCGCUGGAACUAGUAGGAUCAUGUUGUCGAGCUUAGAGGGAAUUCCCGAAAAUGUUUUUCAAAUCAGAAACCAUUUGUGACAAUUGAUUUUACUAGACAAUCAUUAAUUUGUUGGUGUUAUUCAGUUGAUUUUACUAGACAAUCCUUGACUUUAAGUGUGAUUAAUUAGCUAUCAGUUUUAGAUUCUCGUCAAACAAUCAACAUACAGUCAGUCAAAGAACUUGGACAGAUUCUGUCAGACGACAGCCAGAUGAUUCUUUGGUUCAAACUUUCUUUCUUAGGAUGGAGCCUAAGUUUCACUCUAGGUCAACACGGGUGCCCACCAUGUGAGGUGGGAGAACCAUGCGAGGUCAGCCUGACCCAGACGUUCAACCAAUCAGCGAUGGCCAUGUUGUCCUGGCAUAAAAACAGCGAGUUGAUCAGCAACUGUUACCAUAGCAACGGCGAGUGUAUUGUCUCACCUUAUCAGAGGAGGGUGCGGGCUACCCUGUACGUGAACAGCAUGACCUUGACCUCCAGACUGAGGUGGCCUUCUACCUCUGGUGAUGACCGGGGGGUGUACAGCGUCCAGGCCCACUAUUCAAAUAGGUCAACACGAGUUGUCUUCUCGUGCAGGCUGCACGUCUAUGAAAAACUGUCCGACACAAAAUGUGACUGUUUGCUGACUACAGCUGGGGUAGAUUUGACAUGUGAUACGGCACAUUUGAUGGCGUUCAGCAAAUGUCUUUUUUAUGUGUCCUGGGUCGGGAGCCAGCCAACUGGGCAGACUGGGCAGACGACUGGGCAGACGACUGCUGUAGAAACAAGUGUGGCAGAAGAUCCGCUACAAGACCUCACCGACUGCACCAAACACAUCCCAUUUGACGCCAUCAAGCAAGGAGACUACAACAUCAACAUCUUUUUAUUUGCAAACAUUUCCUAUCUUAAAGGGGAUUUAGACUUGGGCACAAAAUAUGCCUUUCCUUCCAUUUUUAAAAACUUGAGCUCUCUUCAAAACCUGUUGGACUCGGCAGACGACAACACAAGUUUUACCUGCAGUCACCCGACAGGGGCAGGAGUGGAGGGGGUCACACAGGCGCAGGUGGUGACGUCACAAGAGAGUGUGUCAAACUCACAGUCAGGGUCCACGAGUGCCCCCACCUGCCCCCCUGCCCGCCCACACCGGUGUUUCAGCACCCAGUCCUGCUACACAGACGACGAGUUUUGUCUGGUGGGGACAAUCGAGCUCUGUAGCUCCCCCCACAGCUCACCCCACAGCUCACCCCACACUGAUCUGGCCCAGCUACAGGAGUGGUGCACGUGCAUAGAUCGCUUCAAUACGUCAUCAAUUAGACUGAUCAAGUGUGGCCUUGACCUUUACAGAGAGACCCAGGCUUCUCAAGAUGAAAAAAACGAAAAUUUUCACUACCUAUGGUUUCUAGCCGUUAUCCCGAUAGCCGCUGCCGUCGCUUUCAUUCUCUACCUGAUCAAGUCAAGAGGAAAUAACUCAGCAAGGUCAAGGAGACGGGGUCAAGCGUAUCAAGACGAGGCCACGCAGCCCAUGAGGAAAAAUCAUUUAACGUUGGAGAGACAUCCGAGUGCAAAUGUUCCCAACCCAUGUGGUACUGUGUUGCCAACAGCCUAGAUCUUAUUCCAUCUGCCACAUUCUAAAUGGAUCCACGUGAUGUCUUGAUGUAUUGAUGUUUUGAUGUCGUGAUGUGAUGUUUUGAUGUCUGAAAACCUAGAAAUGUGUAUGACGCGUAUUUUCGUAUAUUUUAUUACAAAGUUUUGAUAAUCCCAUUGCAUGUCAAGCUAAAAAACGUUCUGUAUUUCUUUAAGUGUUAAAGUUACAAUGACAUUUAUUAGAUUGAUUCAAAUUGUUGCAGAAAACAAAGUGAUGUAAAAUAUAUAUCUGGUGUGCUUUUCUAUCAACUAUUUUUAAUGUGCUUAUUUUAUACUGUUAGAGAAUUUAGUUUGUUUUUCUGUCAAAUAUUUCGAAAUUUCACUGUGGGGCCCAUCCACAUUUUAAUUUGCGUAAUUGUGUGUGUUGUGUGCGUGUGUGUGUGCGUGCGAGCGCGCGUGCUCGCGUGCGUGUG